AUGUGCCUUGGAAUCAGCACUAUUAUCAGGGCUUGGAGGGAACGGGGCCUUGACAAGAACGAGGACAUCAAAGAAAAUCAGGAUCUAUAUGAUUUGGGCAAGAAGAUCGUCAGUAGAGAACCAAGCGCAGCAGAGGAAAUGCGCAUGCCAUGCGUACCCGACUCAGGAUCUGAAAACAUAGACGAAGACACAAGGGAUGAAGGCCUCGUGGACACGGACUGGGAAACGAUCAACAGUGAUUCUGACACCGGCGACGGGGCUUAUACCUGCAAAAUUACCGGCCAAAACACCAUCUACAGCACGAGUGGAGUGGAAGUUUUGAUGCCAGAUCUGCCCAGCAGAAUUUACAGCUGGGAAGUCAAACUCAUUGCCAACUUACGGCAAAGCCGAUUCAUUGCUUUGCCGGACGAGAUUUUGCUACAAAUCAUGCACGAGUCCGAGCUCAGCGACCUCUACAUGCUGCGACAACUCCCCGAGUGGCUUGACGAUGGACGAGUCCGUGGUGAGGGCUGCGAAGGAGCAGGCAUUCUGUCAGGCUUGCCGUACAUCAAGGGAGUCGGCAGAUUUCAGAAAGCGUCUGUCGAAGCUGGAGGACAGCCUGUUCUGCUCGUACUGCGCUAG